GUUGCAAUUGAGGUUUCAAUUGAGGUUUCCUGUUAUUUGUUGUCAUAGCGACGAAAGCAGUCGUAAUACGGAGAUACAACGAGACCUGAAAUGAACCGAGGACAACUCAAACUAAAGAAACUCCAAUGCAAACACAUUCCAGCGCACAGAUGAAAUGUUGACAGAAUUAUCAAUUACCCGAACAGUCCGUUUCAAAGACCGGGAAUCAGUUUCACCACCAGUGGGCUAUCACGUUUCGUUGACAAAAAUCAUUUCGUUGCUCGAAUAGUUUUUUCAAAUGCUGAUCUACUCCGGAAAUGGGAUUAAGCGUGUGUGACCUCUCCAGGCGUAAGUAUAAAAAAACAAAACGCGAAAGCUUUCAUGCAUUUGAAUUCCCUUCGCUUUCACAUAAUUCCACAAAGACGAUUCGUUUUUUUUAGGGGUGUGGUUUACCUGCCUUCAGGUGAGCGUAAACCUGGGACGCAACGUCAAUCAAACAGGUUCCCCAACCCGAGCUGUUCUUGCUUGCUGGCAAAGCAUGACGACACCUGCUCUAUUCUCCGUAUCGCUUCACUGUAACUUUUAAAACCUUCCUUUUUUUUUUAAAGAAGCGCUUCAUUAUUUCUUUUAUUUAACAAAUAGAUUAGAUAUUAUCGAUAGUGGAACCGUGAACGGCGCUCUAAAACACAGUCCGCGCGUUCAAUGAAACCUUUACCGGAGCAAUGGGGCGAACGUCCGAAGAAGACCGCUGAACCGUCCCUGGGUGAGAUGAACGGCGGAGAACAGAAAGCGGCACCUAGAAACCACUCCGAAGAGAAAACAACCCCUGGAGAGAAUGAGCCGCCGGUCCAGCUGAACGGGCGGACGCUGUCCCGCGACGUCGUCGACCCCGCCUCCCAGCCGCCUUUCGACUCCCGCCCCCCGUCCCCGACCUUCACCCCGAGCCCCCACCCGCCCCGGGAGCAAUGGGGGGGCAAGUACGAGUUCCUGCUCUCCUGCAUCGGGUACUGCGUCGGCCUGGGCAACGUGUGGAGGUUCCCUUACCUGUGCUACCGCAACGGAGGAGGAGUCUUCCUCAUCCCGUACUUCAUCAUGCUCUUCUUCACGGGCGUGCCCCUCUUCCUCAUGGAGCUGAGCCUGGGGCAGUACGGGGCCGCGGGGCCCAUCACCGUCUGGAAGUGUUGCCCUCUGCUCAAAGGUAUAGGGAUCGGGAUGCUGUGUGUCUCCACCCUGGUCUGCCUCUACUACAACAUCAUCAUCGCCUGGACCUUCUACUACCUGGGCAGUUCCUUCCAGAGCCCCCUGCCUUGGUCCUGUGAGGCCGAGGCCAACUUCAAGCUCUGUGGGCAAAACAACACAGUAAACGGGUCUAGCCACAGGACUCUGAGCCCCACAGAGGUGUUCUGGAACGAGCGUGUCCUGGGCGUGGUGAACAGUGAGGGCCUGCACGACCCGGGCCCCGUGCGGUGGCCCCUGGCUAUCUGCCUGCUGGCCGCCUGGAUCAUCAUCUUCCUCUGCAUGCUGAAGGGCAUCCGCAGCUCCGGCAAGGUGGUGUACGUCACAGCCACGUUCCCCUAUUUCGUGCUGGUGGUGCUGAUCAUCCGAGGGGCCACGCUGGAGGGGUCCCUGCAGGGCGUGGCCUUCUACCUCACCCCUGACUGGAAACGCCUGGCCAGUGCACAGGUGUGGAACGAUGCUGCCUCACAGAUAUUCUACUCUUUGGGAAUCGGAGUUGGGGGCCUGCUCUCCAUGGCUUCCUACAACAAGUUUGACAACAACGUCAUCAGGGACACGAUCGUCAUCACCGUCGGCAACUGCUGCACCAGUUUCUUCGCCGGCUUUGCCAUAUUCUCCGUCCUGGGUCACAUGGCCUGGAGGAAGAACGUGCCGGUGGGGGAGGUGGCCGACACAGGUCCAGGCCUGGCGUUCGUGGCUUAUCCUGAGGCCCUUGCCCUCCUGCCGGGCUCUGUGUUCUGGUCCAUCCUCUUCUUCCUCAUGAUGUUCAUGCUGGGCGUGGACACGCUGUUUGGUAACAUGGAGGGCAUCACCACGGCGGUGCUGGAUGAGUUUCCCCAGCUCAGGAGGAACAUGAAGGCCAAGUCCCUCUUCCUCGGAGCGCUCUGCUUCGGCUUCUACCUGAUGGGCCUGCUGCUCAUCACCGACGGAGGAAUCUACUGGUUCACCCUGAUCGACUCGUUCAGCACCAGCUUUGGCCUCAUCAUCAUCACGCUCUUCAUGUGCCUGGGGAUCUCCUUCUUCUACGGUAUAAACCAAUUCUGUCAAGACAUCAUUGACAUGAUCUGCCGUUGUCCACCCUGGUGUACCAAAGUCCUGCUCUACUUCAAAGCAUGCUGGGUAUUCUGCACCCCCUGCCUCUUAUUGUUCAUCCUGACGUACAUCUUCAUUGAGAUGUACAACACCUCGCUGCAUUAUGGGUCGUACGUCUUCCCGCGCUGGGGCAAAGCGCUGGGCGUGUGCAUGGGCGCCACCUGCUGUCUGCAGAUCCCCAUCUGGGCCAUCGUCGCCAUCGCCAAGGAGUCGGGCACGCUCAGAGACCGUUUCAGAAAGGCCAUUCGACCUUUGAACUCCUGGCGAGUCAACAACCUGAACAGUCAGGCUGGCGGCGCUGAGCGGGUGGAGCCGGAGAGGGUGGAGGCGCCCUUCACCGUCAACCUCACGGACAUGGACUUCACCUCCAUGUCGUGGGAGAGCUCAAGCCAGGCGUGAGCCCCACUGGAACACUGCCCCCAGUGGCGGGAGGUCAGACGUGCAGGGGGCGGGGGGAAAAAAAUGGAACCUGGAGUGUACGAACGGCCGAGUUCCUACCUCACAAUCUCGUCCAUUUCUUGAAGACUCUUCCGUAAUGCUGAAGAUAUUAUGCAUUUUAAUCAUGUCGUCUUUACGGUGGAUUCCCACGGUGACCAGGUUCUGGUUCAUCUGGGGGAUCUCCUGUCCAUUUAAGUGUUUAAACGUCUGGCUGGUUACAGGCAGCUUACGAUUUCAGCCGGCCUAAAAAGUACUCUUGUGGUUUCAACAACAUGUGGUCUCAUUGGCCGGACUAUGGUACCGGCUCCAGCAAACGUCCAAUAGGAAUAGGAAACAAAAGUCCAACAGGAAAGGAAACAUCCAAUAGGAAGGAAGGACCCGUGAGGCCCCUCCCUCAGAUGACCAGUGGGUGGAGAUGGAGGUUGUGUGUGAGCAUUGGGGAUUCUUCUCUGAACCCUGACCUUUUUAAUCUCUUGCAACCUGUUUACUUACCUGAGACCUGUUCAUUUACCUGGGACCUGCAAACUUACCUGCGACCUGUUUACUUACCUGAGACCUGCUCACUUACCUGGGACCUGCUUACUCACCUGCGACCUGUUUACUCACCUCCAACCUGUUUACUUACCUGGGACCUGUUUACUCACCUCCAAACUGUUUACUUACCUGAAACCUGCUUACUUACCUGGGACCUGCUUACUCACCUCCAACCUGUUUACUUACCUGGGACCUGUUUACUCACCUCCAAACUGUUUACUUACCUGGGACCUGCUUACUCACCUCCAACCUGCUUACUUACCUGUGACCUGUUUACUCACCCACAACCUGUCUGCCGUCAUGCCAACAGGUAAGGUCCCACACAGUCUAGGUCCAGCCAUGUUACCUUCCUCACACGGGUGAAAUCGUCCCUUCUGACCUCACAGGCGUGUGUCAAUCACAUGGAACACGCUAUAAAAUGGAGUAGAAGACCUGCUCCUCUGCUCCACAACUGAAAAAGCUCUAAUAACACAGAGCGAAACUGUGUGGCUGGAAAUGACCGCCAUUUUAAUGUGUGGGAAGACAACGAUCUGGGUCCCAUUCAGUCACAGUUUAUUCUUUACAUUUGAACCAUUUUAAAAGUGCUCUUAUCCACAAACUAUACUUCCAUUUUUAUGGAAAGCAUUGGUUUCUUUUCUGGACUGGUUUGUGAGUCAGUGGUGUUGCUACUAAACUCUUUCAAUGACUAGCAGCUGAAUUGCUUCCUUAAUUCUGAUUGGCCGCACAAUCCCUUGCAUUCUCUGCUCACUACUGCGAAUGAGAACUGGGUUCUCUUGUGACCUACCUGGCUAAUUAGAGGUAAAUUGAUAUCAGAUAUUCUGAAUUGAGGGCUGUUUAGCUGCAGUGAAGCAUAGCUGCCUAUAGGGGGCGAGAGGGAGUGCACAGGUGGGAUGGAGCAAGUUUUAAAAGGAAUAGGAAGAGGAAGAUAUUUUAAAUUCACAAAUAGACACAAGGCACAGGCACAUUCCUGGUGCUAGAGAUCUUGGUUUGAGAAGGAGGUUCCCAAACCGUCCACACCUCCCCCCAGUCCCUAACACCGUCCCUAACACCAAAGCCUUCUCAUGACUGACUGUUACGCCCGGUUGUUAUUUUCACAGUGAAAUGACACUCAUUCAGCAGGAUUAUGGACUUCUGCAGGGUUCCUGUGGCAAACUCAAACUUAAGCUGAGACUCUUGCCCUGGAAAAACACACAGGUUGUAUAUAUUGUAGGGUAGGAAUCUAACAUUGCCUUAGUAGCAACACUGAGUUAUAUAUAUUCUAGCUCGUGUUCCAAAGCUGCUUACUUUUUCAAUGUCAUAAAUUUGGCAUUUUGAAUACUGAUAGAGUAAAAAAAGAUUUUGAAACAAUUCAAAAUAUUAAUGAGGGGUAAUACCACAUGCUGGUUUUUACCGUGUGAAGCUGUGUAUGAAGGGUGUUUGUAUGCUGAGUGUCCCCUAAAAAAACCUAAAUAAGACAGUCAAAUUAACCCUGUGGGUAUCGCCUGUGCAGCAUUAGAGUGUGUGUGUGUGUGAGACUGUGUGUGUGCGUGAGACUGUGUGUGUGUGUGUGUGUGCGUGAGACUGUGUGUGUGUGUGUGUGUACACUUAUACUUUGUUUGGCACAAAGGGGGAAAUUUACCAUGUAAUUAUGCUAUCGUAAAGGAAGUGUGCAAACCUUUAUGUAAAAUAUCCUCUGUCUGCUGUUUCAUUUCUGUAAGCAUAACUUUCAUUUUUUUAAAAUAUAAACUUGUGUAACAAAUCUAAAUGAUAUAUUUUGAUAGCAAUAAUUGCAUGGCAUGUCCUACAAAUGAUUGAUAAUUUAUGUAAUUUUAUAAUUUGUAUGUUUAAUUUAUAAUGCGUAUAAUGUAUCAAGUGCCCAGCUUCCAGGAAAUGGUACGGGGAACGUAAUAUGCAGGUCUUAUUUGUCUCGAGCAUUCAAGUUUCUUUUUACUUUGUUUCUGGAGAAUAUAGAGCUGUCUUUUUUCUUAUUUGCUCGGAAAUCCACGAGUACUCUCUGCGGUAGGGGAUAGGGUUCCGGUGAGAAGUGGGGGGGAGGGGCGGUGGGCCGCUGUCAGAAAUCACACAUUUUAUUUUUAUAUUCAUUCUAUGAACUGGGAAUAUCUCCAAAUGCAGACGUGCUUUUGCGUCGUCUUCAGCCUGACCUGAUGUCACAGUAAGUGUGACAUUAAUGGGUGUGGCCCUCUUUGCUUGUGUGUCUGGCUGCAGUGAGCUGGGUUUCUGUGCGUUUCGCCACUUCAGUGAUACAUUUGACCCUUCAGGGCGUGAGGUCACAAAUAUGCGAUCAGAAUGUUCUUGGAUGAACAUUCUAAUGCUGAUGUCACAAUCACUACUGGCAACUGAAUGUAACCGUGUUCUAGAACACUGACUAAGAAUUUUAAUAUAAAAAAUAAAAAAAAAUAAAAAAACAUUCCAAAGAAGCUACUCAUCAAAGCCUCUUAUUGGCUAACGAGUUCGCACACCUUGUUUUUUUUUGAGCCCUUAACUGGCUGCUGAUUGGAAGUCAACCAUGAAAACCCGCAGACACUGCAGCUCUCCAGGACUAGCCUGACAUCCAUUAUCUUGGAAAUGUUAUGUAAAUGUACGCAAUAAAAAACACUGUACUGUACG